CACACACACACACGCACACACACACUCAGAUCUCUUUUAGCUUUCUGCCUGAGGCCAAGAGAGAGUAAGGGGAGGAGGGGAGGUCCUAAAUUAAACGCAGAACAUGUUCCCAAACCGCUCACUCACUCACUCACACACACAGAGCAGUUUAGAAUGCUUCCACAAAUGCCUCGGUUUCCCAAUAUGUGACCUGCGGGCAUUUAUCUCCUCCCUCGCCCGCCUCUGGCCGCUGACAAGCACCCCUCUGUUCAGAGAACCAAGGGUGCCAGACCUAGGCGAGGUCGGAGCUGGAGGCAGCCCAAACACAGAAGAGCAAGUAUAAGCCGGGCAACAGGAAGAAGGGAAGGGAGACAAAGGCGAUCGGCCCCCGCAGGACGAGCCUGGACAGGCUGGGUGUUCCCAGGUACGACUCCACCCACGUUGGGUGCCUCCUUGGGAAGACAGCGGAAAGGGGAUCCCAGUCCUUCGCAGGCACUCUACACCCACAGGGAAUCAAGUGACCUACCUCCGACCUUGGACUUAGAGAAAAAAAAAUGAGUGGUGGAAAGGGUGAAGGUGGGUCCAGACCCGCCCCUCCUCAGCUUCCUAUAAGGGCAGAGGACCCAGGACUGCAGACACACACACCAUGAGACCAUCCAUGAGACAGAGGACCUUCCUGCUGGCCUUCACACUGCUCUGCACCUUCUUGGGCCUUGGAAGCCCUCUAAGCUGCGAGGUGUGCAAGAGCGCGGGACACACAUGCAGCGGGAAAAUGAAGACGUGCGAGGCCGGCAAGGACGCAUGCAUGAUUCUUGUGGGGGAGUCCAGCACAAAGGGCCACAAGUCGGUAAACACCUUAAAGGCUUGCAUGAAGUUCAGCGACUGCUACUCAGGCUUCGUGUCCACCACCAUGGGCCCUGAUGACUACAUGGUGUCCAACGCGCACUGCUGCCAGAGCGACGGCUGCAACCGUGGAUCGGUAGUCCCUCCACAGAACAACCGGACGAAGAACGGCCUGACGUGCCCCUCCUGCAUCGUGCCCUUCCAGGAGACGUGCCCGAAAACCGAGGUCGCCAGCUGUGUUGGCAAGGAAACCCACUGCAUCUACUUCGCGGGCAGCGUCCAGGCUGGCAUCAUCAACGCCAAAUUUGCCACCCGAGGCUGUGCCACACAGAGCGCCUGCCACACCAAGGUGGGGGCGGAAGUGCCCUCUCCUUCCUACCUCUACUUCCUCCGCCGGGCGGACUGCCUGCCAGCCUCCCAUCCUCCCGGCAGGGCCAAGUGAGAGUGUGGCCUUAGGUCCUCAUGUG